GGCUCCUCGGUGCCCCGGCGAGGCGCCGGGGGCGCCCCCGUGGCGGCAGUGGCGGUGCUGGCCGACUACUUCGGCAGCUUCGGCGUCAGCAUGCUGGUCGCCGGCCUCGCGGCGUGCGCCUGCGCGCGGGCGGCGGGGCGCGGGGCGCCCUCGGCGGGGGUGCUGCCGGCAGCGGCGUCCGGGGCCAUGUGGGCGGGGGCGAACUCCUGCAGCGUGCUGGCCUCGCACCUGCUGGGCAUGGCCCUCUCCUUCCCCCUGACCCAGACCGCGGUCGUCGUCAGCGGUCUGCUCGGCGUGUUGGUCUUCCACGAGCUGGCCGGCCGGCCCGCGCGCUGCGCCCUCUGCCUGGCGCUGGCGGUGAUCGCCGCCGGCGCGUGCCUGCUGUCCGCCUUCGGGAGGCCAGCCUGA